CGAAACAAUCUUGUAAUAAAAAAUUACGUUGUUUGUUUUGCUGUUCUUGUUAUUGUUGUUGUAGCAGUUGAAUUUUCCAAAUUGAAUUAAAAAUGUGUUACAAGAGUAUUUAAUUUAGUGUUUGUAAUUUAUUGAAAGUGGCCACAUCGUUGAACAAUCAAAAACAAACAAACAAACAAAACAACUAUUUAAUUUAGAUCUUUUUGUUCAUUGUCUAGAUUGUGUUGCCUUGUUUGUGUAUUGAUUUGUUUCCAUUUGUGUUUUAAUUUUGUAACUGAUUUUCAAUUAAGUGUUUCUAAUUGAGAUAAAAAAAAAAAAAAAAACAAUAAAAAAUUCACUUGUAAAAAUAAUUAAAAAUAUAAUUUAAAAUCAACUCAAAUAAUUAUGAAUCGUUCCAGUAUUUCAACGGACAUUAGGAAUCGUAUUAAAAUGUUUGAAAAUUGUGAGCUGAGAACAGACAGUGGAGAAGAAGGUUUGGCCGCACAGAACUUUGCCAGUCAAAGUAGAAUUGAUACGGACGAGCUAGAGAACGGUUGUCAAAUAAAAGCAACAACAAUGAUGAUGCCAACGCCACCACCACCACCGCCGGGAGUACAAACAGAUGCGAACGGUUUGAUUUUACCAAAGAAAUUGAUAAAUCCAUGUCUGCAGUCAACCGAUCGUAAACAGUUGCAUCGAGAAUUAAAAUUUAAUACAAAAAUGGGCAUUAGCGUUCUAAAUCAGAAAACAGAAUUGCAAAAAGCCUACGAAAAACAAAGAGAAAAACAACAGCAACAUCAGCAGGAUAAUAAUCCACAACAGACUCAACACUCACCCACCUUUGGCCUUAAAAGCGAACUGAAUCGUGUGAUAAUGGAAAGAGCUCAAAAGUAUGAACGUGCCCGCCUACAAUCCGAAUCUGAAAAUGAUGACGAUAAACAAUACGUGAAUCCUGAAUAUUUAAAUGCGAGAGCAAAAUUAAGAGCGGGACAAAGAACUGAAUUGAAAUAAGUUUAAGAAACAUUAAAUUUAACAAUUAACCAACAAAAACAAUAACUUUAAAACUCUAAGAAUUUAACUCGAAAUUAUAUUUAAUUAAUAUUUUUGAUUUGACUAAUUAAAAAUUACGAUUAUUUUGUAUUUUAUUUACUAUUGAGAAAAUUUCUAAUAAUAUUCCUCUUUAGAAUGAGGGUUUGUUCUUUUAUUUUCUUGUUUAUUUAAGUGUUAAUUAAACAACAACAGAAAUAUGUACAAUUUAUUUUUAUUAUUAUCAUUAUUAUAGUUAUAAUUUUUAUUAUUAUUUUUAUUAGUUUAAUUUAUACGUAUGCGUGUGUUAAUUAAUUUUUUAAAUAUUAUUUUUUGUUUGUUUUUAAGUUAAAAACAAAAACUAUUAAUAAUUAUCAUUUAAAGAAUAAUACAUUUAGUUUAGAAAAAA